AGCUAGCUGCGCCCUGCCCUUUUCGUUAGGCGGAACCUUUUGUGUCCGCACGUGAACAUUUGGGGCCGAAAACACAGACGGACCGAUAUGUGAGGAACAACACACGUGCAAUCAAGCGGCUCAAACUUUCAGCAGCAGACAUGCCGAAAGCACAAAAAGGAAAAAACGCGGUGGAGAAGAAGGUGAUCCAUCCUUAUAGCAGAAAAGCGGCGUGUUUGGCCAGAUCAGCUAUCAAACAGGAGAGAAGAGAAAAGUGGAAAAGUGAAAAGGCCCUGCGUUUAAAUUUAAUCAGGGACAAACUUUUGUGGUUCCAAAGUCAGUUGGACUCCGGAAAGUUAGAAUAUUCCAAACAAGAAGCGUGUGAAAUCAUUGAGAGGUAUCUGCAUCGCUUCGAUAGCGAAUUGGAGCAAAUCGAGCUGGCCAACAGCAUUAAAGGGCGUCAGGGGCGACAGCACUUUUCCAGAGAGACCGUCAUAAAGCAGACGAUGGAAAGAGAGCGAGCCCAGUAUGAGGGGAGAGGCUUCGAAAUCCCGGAUAUAAUCAACAGCAAACAUUUAAAGACGUUCAGAGAGUGGGACGGUGACCUGAAAAAACUGCCCAACGUCAAGAUGCGCAAUGUUUCAGCCAAAGGACUGGAGAAAAAACACACUGCAGUGCAAGAGACACAUGCUGAAGAUGAGGCAUGUGAGGAAGAGGAGGAGGAGGAGGAGGAUGAAGUGGAUGAGGACUCGGAUGCAGAGCUUUUGGAGGAUGAAGCAUGAUACUAAACAGAGUGAUUUGUUCAGUGUGGAUGACUGGUACUGUGUGUGUGUGGAUUGGGGUGAUGUGGUGCUGCUAUGUCCAUUUUAAAAUAAAAAACUAUUUAAUUCACUACA